AUGAAGCAGAAAGAAAGAGCCCUGUGACUUUUAUCAGCCAAUGAGGUUUGUUCCAUGUGCUCACCAGACUAUUUCAGCUCGCUCGCUUUCUUUAAGACUUUUCCACCAGGUUAUAGCGGUUGUUAUUGUUGAGGAUGGCUCGAGCUGGGAUUAUAUUCUUGAUUCUCUACGAAAUAUGUUCUGCUGAAACUGUAGGAAAUACAGAACCGUCGGUUGUCUCAGUUAAAGUUGGAAAAUCGGUUACUCUAAACUGCACAUCUGCACUUAUAGAUAAGUCUAAAGUUGCAUACUGGUUUAAGUACAGACUGGAGCACAAACCACAGGAAGUGGGAUUUAAGCUCAAAGAUAAGCAACAUGAGCUUCAAAAUCCGUUUAAAGACUCAAAAUCAGGAUUUGAGUUGAAGGAAGUUGGCAGUGGGCUUUCUCUCAGUAUUAAAGAGGUUCAGAAAGAAGAUGAAGGAAUGUACUUCUGUGGAUCGAUUAGCGAGAAAUCUGUGAACUUUUCUACUGGAACUUUCUUAGCUGUGUCGGAUCCUUCAAACAUCUCAGUUCUCCAGACUCCAGCACUGCAGUCGGUUCCUCCAGGAGAAGCAGUGAAUCUUCAGUGUACGGUUCUCUCUGAGAUCAGAUCAGCAGAACUGAGAGUGUUCUGGAUCAGAUCUGCUGCAGGAUCAUCCUUUCCUGAAAUCAUCUUCACUCAUCACAACAGCAGCAGCAGCAGCAACAGCAGCCGUCAGUGUGAGAUCAGCUCUCCUAAACACAGCAGUGUGUACAACUUCUCCACCAACAUCCCCAACAACCACCAUGCUGCAACUUACUACUGCGCUGUGGAGACCUGUGGAAGGAUCAUCGUUGGAAAUGGAACAACAGUAGAAAUAAACAAGGGGAACAGUUGUACUACAGGUGUACUGGUAGUCGCUCUCGGGGUGUUUUCAGGAGUGUGUGUGGUUGUAAUCUGUGCUCAGGCCAUCAUCAUUUUGAAGCUGAAGAGAACCGGGCCAUGUGCUGGGAAACUUCAGCCGGGCGCUGUGGUGGAGAACGCUUUCAGUCAGCAGGACCAGAAUGCUGAUAGUCUGAAUUACGCUUCAGUUCAGUUUAAAGAGAAGAAACCUAAACGAGAAGAGAGACGGAGGAGAGAGGAACCGGAGGAACUGGUCUACUCUCAAGUCAGAUCCACCACUCACCGUCCAAAACAUUAGAUCUACUAGAGCUUAGUAUUACAGUCUUUACAGACAGACAAAAUAGAUAGAUAGAUAGAUAGAUAGAUAGCCUUCAGUGUGAAUCUACAAUUUAAAUAGUCCUGAAAAUUAAGAAAACACAUUGAAUGAAAUGAUGUGUCCAAACUUUUGGCCUGUACUGUAGAUAUAUAGAUAUUAGACAGACCAACAUAUAUUAAAUAGAAAAAAAAAACAUUGUACAGUAUUAAGAGUAAAUCUAUUACCAUAUUUACAUGCAGGUACACAUAUUGUGUUUGAAUUUAAAUGUAUUAUUUUUAUUUCAUACUUUCUGAUUUGUUUUAUGAGGUAUUUUUAUUGUAUUUUCUUUUUCUGUUUGGCCUGUAAAUAGCCAUGUGUUCAUUAACUUUUAACAAUAGGAGAUGUUUGAUUUAUUAAUAUCAUGAAUUUAACCUCAUUUAAGCUUUAUAUAGAUUUAAAUUUAAGCAGCAUGUCAAAAGGUAGAAUUUAAAAAUGAACUGCUUAAUUCAAUUCCAAGCGGUUUCUAUUGAAAUUAAAUGUUUAUAUUGAAACCUUAUUUGUGGAAAAAUAAUAUUCAAAUCAAAUUGUUCAUUUUUUUUGUGAUGUUUGGUUUGUUUUUUGUUUUUAUUUCAUGUUA